AUUGGUGGACAUCUUGAGCGCACGUACCUGCAAUACUGAACACGUGACACGUGCAGACAAGAGUUAUCGCUGUAGUUUAAAAUAGACGUUUAAACCGUUGUGAUGUAUAUGGUAUACACCUGCCAGGUAGCUAGAUAGCUUAGCAUAUUGAAGAAUAAAACACUGAACCUAGAGAUGAAGAAAUGUACAGUAGUAAAUCUGGACAAGUUUAUUGAUCAUUUCACUCAUCUGGAACAGAAAAUUACAGAGCUCAAGGGUAAAAACAACAUAUUGGAGAUCAAGUUGGAUGAGACCAACAGAGUUCUGAAAUUUUCUCAGACCAAAGAGAAGUGCUUGAUUGAGGAGCGAGAUGGGAUGUUGGGGACAGUGAAGGGACUCCAGCAGACUCUACUGCAGCAGUGUGACGUCAGAGUGGAGAAUGAAAAGUUGAAAAGCACUGUGUCAGACCUGAAAAGGCAGAGUGAUAGGACAGUAGAGGAGCGGGAAGCUGAGAUUCAGAGGCUGGUGGCAGAGAUGAGAGCUGUGGGAGAGAGAUAUCAGAAGGAGUUGGAAUCUCUGAGAGACCAGUGCAGGAAAGGGGUGGAGGACACUCACAGAGAAACACAGAGCAAACUUGAGGCGAAAGAUGCAGAACUGAAAGAGGCCCUGGAGAGGAAGGAGUCAGAUAUGGCAGAGAUGAGAAGGAGAAUGAGGGACCAGGAGAGAGAGAGGCAAAGUGAAAUAUUAAAGUUACAAAUGGAGUUUGGUGCUAAGCUUGCCAGGGUGCAGAGUACCACACAGAGGAUCCAGCAGCAGCCCCAGGGCUCAGGUCUUUUACCUCAGAACAUCUUCAAACGGAAGUUCCAGUUCCUUCAGGAGGAGAAGAACAGAGAGGUCGAGGCCCUGCGCCAGAGAAUCAAGGAAUUGGAGAAGCAGCACGCCAGCGGAUUCAGUGACUCCCGUCUAAAGAGAAAGAAGAUUUAGCAUAUUUAAAAUAUGCAGGAGUGAAAUUCAUCUACAGUAGUGCCUUUCUAUUCUUUUUGGUAUAGUGUUCCUGGUGUUUGCUCUCAAGCGGUAGUUGGGUCAUUCUACGAAAUGAGUGCUUUUUCAUUGUUUAAAUAGAAAUUGUGCACCAAUAUUGAAUUUUAAAAGCAUGUUAUAUUAAUUUAAGUGCCCUUUAAUAUAGACCACAUGGAGAAUUCAAUAAAUCAGAUUUUUUUAAAUGAGUAAAGACUUGCACCCUCUGUGACUUCUAGGAAAAUUUUAAAUCUACUUAAUCUCAAUUUCGGCACAUUUUCACCAUCAUUGUAAAGCCUUAGUUAUUAUGUUGCUUUGAAGUAAUUUCUGAAAAGUAUUAUUUAUUUAAUGUAAUUGGUGAUUAAUUUACAUCUGUCCCUCAUUUUAUGGUCAACACUGUUACGUGAACUGAACUCUUGUUUUAAUGUGGUGAAACUUUUUACAUUUUUAUUUUCAAACUAAACUUUGAACAUCUAAUAGUUCAACCAUAGUGUAAAAGCAGGUGAGUUGGUGCUGCAGACAGAUAUAUUUGUCAGCUAAUGCAGGACUAUUAAAGGUCCAGUGCACUACCUAUCGUGAAAAAAAUAUUACGAUUUUUCAGAGGGUGCUGCAGCACCCAUACUUCCUGUGACUAUGCACAGGGGCAGUACACCUGAAAACCAGGGGCUGCAGCUGGGCAACCUAUUAGAUUUACUGUUAUCUUUUUAUAUGUGGUGUGCUGUGUCUGAAGGGAGCAGGCUGAGCUAAUCUCCCUCUGGGAACAUCCCCCUGAUCCUCACGUCUCUCGCUACAAUCAAGAGGUAAACCUUGUGUGACAAGGACGGCGCUUUGGUUACAUAGAACUGGUGUUCUCUAACCUACAGUCAAGGCCAAAGGGUCCAUUCCAGGGGAAUUCCUCAUGAAGCUGGUUGAGAGAAGGCCAAGAGUGUGCAAAUCUGUCAUCAAGGCAAAGGGUGGCAACUUUGAAGAAUCUGAAAUAUAUUUUGAUUUGUUUAACACGUUUUUGGUUACUAUAUGACUCCAUAUGUGUUAUUUCAUAGUUUUGAUGUCUUCACUAUUAUUCUAUAAUGUAGAAAAUAUUAAAAAUAAAGAAAAGCCCUUGAAUGAGUAGGUGUGUCCAAACCUUUGACUGGUAUUUUUACCCCUCCUUGUUCUGGCGACGUUCGGCGGUCGACAUCACCGAUCUUCUAGCCAUCGCCGAUCCACCUUUCAUUUUCCAUUUGUUUUGUCUUGUCUUCCCACACACCUGGUUUCAAUUCCAUCAAUUACAUGUUGUGCAUUUAACCCUCUGUUCCCCACAUGUCCUUGUCCGGUAUUGUUUAUUGUAAGUGCUUGUGCACGUUAUGUCUGGGUUUUUUGUCCCAUUGUAUAUAUUGUUUUUGUUCACUGUGAUUUUUAUCAUUAAACUGCGCCGUUGUAACACA